GAUUCUCCUAUUAUUCUUAUUGCAGGACAAGAGAAGUGUGGGAAAAGCAGUAUCAUAGAUGUCGUGUUUAAGCGCAAAUCUGUUUACAAGACCUUCUUCUUGAUUUCGACUUCCUCCCUGAACAAAUAUACUUCGAGAAGGAAUCUGUUUAUGGAAUACAAUAUUUGGGAGUUGCCAAGUGAUUUUAAAGAGAUUGCGAAAGAAUUCGCGAAUAUCAAAUCGGAUAUUAAACGAGUCAAGGUCCUUAUAUACGUUAUUAGUCUAGAAAAUAUGUACACAAAAUACAAUGGAUUCCAAGCUCCCAAUCUUUCUGGACUCAGUGAUCUUCUUCAAUUACUCAGAGAAGCCAAAGAUUUGCAUCUCUCGGUCUUUUUCCACAGAAGCGAUAUCUCUCCCACGAGCGAGCAGCAGGACUUUCAGAGGUCGGUGCAGACGAUGAUCGCCGAGCAGCUCUCCGAUCUCGAUAUGGGCAUCACCACGAGCUUCUACCGCACCUCCAUCUACGACAAUUCGAUUUUCGACGGUGUCAGCAAGUGCGUGCAGCGCAUCCUCCCUCGCCGCACGAACGUCCAGAACCUGCUGAACUCGCUGUCGCAGAGCUGCGGGAUGAGCAAAGUGUACCUCUUCGACACGUUCAGCAAGCUGUGCAUCGCGAUGGACAGCACGCCGAACGAAAGCAGUCUCUACGAGCUCUGCAGCGACAGCAUCGACGUCGUUUUGGAGCUCGUCGGAAUCUACAGCCGGUCCGACGGGGCGGCGACGACCUCGCUGACGUCGUCCGACCCGCUGAAGCUGGAAGACGAAGUGGGGAGAGAGCUGAAAGAGCCGACGGUGGCGUCGAUCAUGUAG